AGAAGACCGACCCAUCGACCCAGCCAUCACAGUGCUUGGUGCGGUGCGGUGUCCUCGUCGCCAAAAUGAAGCCGUACAGUGCUAUUAUAGUGUUCGCCUUUUGUAUACUCGGAGCUUUAGGUUCCGAAGAACUGUCCGGAACUUUCGGUAGUGUUCGCGACGCUUUCCACAUCUACAGCGAGUGCAAACACUCGGACGGAUUAGUGCCAUGCCUCAAGAUGAAAGCCCUCAAGCUCGUCGAUAACCUCGGACAGAUCGAGAACCUCAGCAUUAUCGAAGGUGUUGAGAUCAAAGGAAAACCGGAAGAAGCUUCUGCUUCGAACCAAUCGACCAUCGAGGAAGUUGAGAAAACCCUUCCGAGAUCCCUUGACGCUAAAAGUGACGCAUUAAGCAAAAUCUUAGUUGACAGGAUCGCAAGAAUGAUCGGAUCAAAAUCCAUCGAAAUAUCUAUUCCUAAAGUGAUGGAAUCAGCUCGUAAAGGAGGAGAUGAUUCAGACAAGUUUGGUGAUAUUGGAGACUUGUUUGGAGGUGGCGGCGGCGGCGGACACGGAGGCGGUGGCGGUGGUGGAGGCGGUGGCAAGAAAAAGGGAGGAAAGAAGAAGGGAGGCGAUUCUGGUUUGAAAGAAUUGUUGAUGCAAAUCGUAGCCAAAAAAAUCGCCCUCAUCCCUCUCUUCAUUGCUGGUCUCUUCGUGCUGGCCCUUAAAGCCCUUACCGAUGCCAAGGUAGCCCUUCUGAUUGCCGGUAUCAUCUUCGCCAAGAAACUGAUCGCUCAGAAACACGCUGGAGGUAGCACACAACACGUUUCAGCAGGAUGGAGUAGUGGUGGAGGUGGUGGCGGCGGAUGGAACAGCGGUGGAUGGAGUGGAGGUUCCGGAGGCUGGGACCGACGAUCCAUCGAAGCCCAAAAACUGGCCUACAAAGCCCAAAAACAGGCGUAGUACAAACCAGUGACAUUUAUAAUGUCAGAGAA